CAAAUACCCAUUUGGCGGGAAACACCGAAUAAUAAUGGAAGCAUAACCCCCAAAUUCAAAAUUCGAACUUCAGUGUAUCAAAGCUCUCAGCAGUCAACAUUUUGAAAAGAACGAAGAAAAUCGUGCGAAAUGGAAGGCAGCGAGAGUGAGAAGAUCUUCGAUUCCUUCAACCUAAACCCUCAGUUAUUCAUCAACGAGGUUAUCAAUUCCGUCGACGACCUCGUCGACGAAGCCUUUGAUUUCUUCCAGCAGGAGGCAGCGGUUAUUCUGAAAACCGAGGGGACUGAUCGAUCCGAUGAUCUAAAAAAGGGCGUAGCUUAUAUACGGAACAUGGUUCAAUUGGCUCUGGACAAGCGGUUGAGUAUGUGGGAGAAGUACUGUUUGCGGCACUGUUUUACUGUGCCAGAAGGAUUCUCUUUGCCUAAAGCUGAUGAACCAUCUGGUGAUACUUCCUUGGAUCUUGACAGUCUUGGUGAUGCAGAAUUAGAUGCGCAGUUGGAUUCUUUGAGAAAUAAACUUACUCAGGUAGGUAAAGAGUCUGCUGACCUCAACAGAGAACUUCGAGCACUGGAAAGGCAGUCCCGCAUGAGCAAUCACUCUGUGGCAUCUCUUAAUGAAGCAUUGCAGUUUUAUAAUGAACAGCUUGUGCAAGAGAAGUUUGAAGAGCUGGUAAAAACUGCAUCAGAGUUUCGGUCAAGUUUGGAGAAUCAUAAAAAUAGAGCGUUUAAAGAGAUUGAGCGUUCGAGAGCAGAGAAGAUUCGCAAACUGGAUGGGGAUGUGCUUAGGCUGAAUUAUCAUGGUGGCCAUGACCAUUCUGGUCUGCUCAAUGCAGAACUUGAUGACCUUCACCAAUUUCUAGACAACAUAAUGACCAAAUGAUCUUUAGCAAGUCUUUAUUGGGACCAACUGUACAGGAUUACAAUGCUCUGCUAUUAUAACAUGUAAGCAAUGUUUAUCUGUUCUUCUAUGUGUGACCUUUUGAAUGAUUAGCAGUUUUGCACAAUUCAGUAUUAUUAAGUACUCUGUAACACUUUAGGUACUAGGAUUUCUUGAGAUAUAAUUGCUAGUAUAUUGUGUUUUA